GACAAUUAAGGUACUUAAUUGUUACUCAGAAAUGAUUUGAUAUUGAGAUAAGAACAGCUGCAUUGGACCUUUAAUGGACAGAUAACUGAUAGUAAACAACUUAAAUUAGGUAUAUAGGAAGAAGAGUCACAUGGAGUUCCUUCCCUAAAUACUCUUUCCUCUAUGACUACGUUGAUCAAGGAUGUUGACAUUCAUAAUGGGGUUAGCCUAUUAGUCAUGUCCUCAGCCUCUUUUGACCCUCAGAUUUGAAAUGCCAGAUAAGCAAUGAAUAAUCAGUGAAACAGCUCCCUAGUGCUUUUCAUAAUGAUUUCAGUAGUUUAACAAAAAAUUACUAAUGAAUUUGAUGAUAAAUAGUUAACUCUCUGUUACACAACGCUGCAUCAAUGAAUGUCUUUGAUAUUGUCAUGUGUGAAAACAGGCAGUUCUCCAUGUCUUCAAAUAAUUCAAUUAAACAGGAGGAUAAAAAUUGAGAUGAUCUCUCUUAUCUCUGCCCAUCAUCACAAGAUUAUGUCUUUGUUGUAACAGCCUACAAUAUGAUAUUUUUUUGUCUAUCUGCGUUCUUGUCUCAGUGUCUGGACUGGUGAUGUAAAGAAAUGGUCAAUGACCGUCAUGUGUAGGCUGUGUCCAGUUCAACAGCUGUUGGUCGGUCACAGAGACAUAAGUGUGCAGAAUAAACCCACUGCCCUUGUAUUAUGUAAUGCAGUUUCCUCAUGUGAGUAUGAGGCAGUCCCUGCCUGAUCCGUCUGCCAAAGUCUCUCUGGCAAGAGGGAAAGCUUGUUUAAUAUGAUUAUUUCUGCAGAGGGUCAAUAUAACACUAUCAAAGCUGCUCCUCCUUCAGAGACAGAUGGUAAUCUCACUCUGUCUAUGCUACCUAACCUCACAAACAAAAGCAUUCUCCUGCUUUGUGGUCAGACAAGAAAAGCAAUUUUCAGGACUGUGAAUGCCUAUCUUGUCACAGUUUAUAUUAUGAGUCCCUAAAACGGUGUUUUCAAUGAUAGACAACACAAACAGGUACAGACUGUGUGUGUGUGCGUGGGUGCGUGCGUGCACUCGUUGUGUGUACGCGUCGUGCGUGUGUGCUUACACCCUGCAGAAAAUCGACCCACAGCUGGAUGAGUUUUUCCAGUCACUGCGCAGGAAAGUGAAGAUCGGCAUAGUGGGCGGAUCAGACUACUCAAAGAUCGCAGAGCAGCUGGGGGAGGGAGAUGAAGUGAUACGGAAGUUUGACUAUGUGUUUGCUGAGAAUGGCACGGUGCAGUACAAAGAUGGGAAGCUCCUUUCCAAACAGGCCAUCCAGAACCAGAUAGGAGAGGAACUACUACAGGACCUCAUUAACUUCUGUCUCAGCUACAUGGGGCUGAUCAAGCUGCCCAAGAAAAGGGGCACCUUUAUCGAAUUCCGCAAUGGAAUGCUGAACAUCUCCCCCAUUGGCCGGAGCUGCACACUUGAGGAGCGAAUCGAAUUCUCUGAAAUCGACAAGAGAGAGAAAAUAAGGGAGAAGUUUGUUGCGGCCCUGCAGGAGGAGUUUGCUGGGAAGGGUCUACGAUUUACCAGAGGCGGUCUCAUCAGUUUUGACGUGUUCCCUGAAGGCUGGGACAAGAGGCUCUGUCUGGACGUGCUGGAGGGGGAGGGCCUGGACGCUAUCUAUUUCUUUGGCAACGAGACGUCAUCUGGGGGCAACGACUAUGAGAUCUUCAAUGACCCGCGCACCAUUGGUUUCACAGUGUACUCACCAGAGGACACAGCCAGGCACUGUCGAGAAAUUUUCUUCAAAGCUCCCGCUAAUGAGUCGUGAUGAGUCGUGCAGAAGGAACUCUCCCAGUCAGCUUCCCUUGGGCUCCCCCUGUUGUUCAGGGCAGGUACUAAGAGCACCUGGAGGAGAAGAGGUGGAGAUGGGAGUCAAACCACUACAGACUUUUUAAAGUAAUCAAUUCAUUGUUGUUGUAUGAUAUUAUUCUAACUAGCACUGGACACAUAAAGGGAUCAUUAGUAAUUCACAUUGGCUGGACUCCCAUGGAAAUUACUAUGAGAUGUGGACAGAGGCUGCGCCAGUUACAAGUGUACUAAUGUUUUCAGUUUUUAUCAUGACUAAGUGUUUCUCAAAAGGUUUUAAUCUAUCAAGCCAAUGGUUUUUGUAGCAUGUCCCUGUAUUUGUAUGUAACAUCAAAUUAACCAAAAUGUCUUAUAUCAUGUGAAGAUGUAUAUACAUUUUGAGUAUAUAAUGUAAAUACCCACUUAUGUUUUGCACUAAUAUUGAUAUCUGAUCUGAUAUUGAUCUGACAAACUGGGUUUUGAAUAAUUUGUUUUCUUUAUGAAUGUAGUGAGUGAUUAGUGUUGUCUCUGAACACUGCACAAUGAAAUGAAGAGAGAGAAGAGAGAGAG